UUUGAUGGGUGGGAUGGCUGCCUUCUGAGACGCCGGAGCUGUCCUGAAAGUCCAAGUGCCUAAGUCCGAUCGACCGGGACAUCAGUUGGGUGCAACCAAUUCUAGCACCCCAGGAAACGUCAUUCCUCUUAUCGCCCCCCUUAUCACCUACCGUGUGGGGACCCGUUGUCUGGGCCCUGCCUGGUCGAGGUACCUGCGUCCCGUCUCAGUGCGGCUGAUUGUGCAGUCUCCUAAGAGCUACCCCUGCCACUUCGGUCAGCUCCCUUCUCGUCGCGUCAAUUUGUUUGUACCAGUCCCGCACAGCGGGCGUGUCGCGAUACCUCCCAUCCCACCUUGAGCGUUUCCCACCAGUUAUUACUUCCUGUUCCCUCCGGCUCGAGUCUGUCAACAUCUACUGCAACGUCUUUUUCGUGCGUGCAGUCAAUUUCAUGAGGGACCGCAGCCAGUGCACAACACAUCCAAGGAGGAUUUCGAACUAUUCGCGUCGUUGUUGGCUCAAUUGGACCCGAUCCAUCUACCGCGAUCAGCCGGCCACCGCCACGACCUGCACCCUGGCGCACUGCAAAAGAUCCACUCCACAGCCAGAGGACGCGUGAGAGCGAGACGAGACGCGACCUUCGUGGCAGCAAAACCAGACCAAGCUCCCAAACCACUUACCAGCCUUUAAUUGCUUUUCCCUUUCCACAACUGCGUUCGAACCCACCAGACCCAUUUAUUUAUUGUUCACCUUUCCUUCCAACUCUUGUUACCUAACGCGUCCGGCCGACACCACACCAUCGCCGUCCACCCACCAACUUCCUCUCUUUGUCCUCGUCUUCCUGUCCUCCUUCCACCACAUACAACAACACCCAGUUCCACCGCUCCUCUCGGCCUGCUCCUCGUCGUCACCGUGCCAGAGGGCCUAUUUUGCAUGCAUGCGCGGCCAUUGAACGACUGAAUGUCGUUCUCCAACGCCAUGGGCUCCCAGGGCGGCGGCUCCUGGGCGCCGCAGCCGCAGUACCAUUCUCAUGGCCUUCCGCCGCCAGCACAACCUCCCCAAGACGCCGAGGGCACGCAGAUGCGGCCCAUGGGACUCAAAGUCAAUUACACCUUCGAGAGGGACCAACAAAAUUGUCUAGCCCGCUGGCCCCACGUCCUGCAAAUACAAACAGCACCCAUCGACGAGAGGACCACGAUCGGCGUUGUCGACUUGAGAAUAUGCCUGCAGGCUAUUGCCCAGUGCAGCCCCGAGAUUAUCAACCAGUCCGACAAAGAUUACGCCGUCUACGCCUUGGACUACUCCGAAGAGGACGUCCCACUGGUCGGACAGGGAAUGCUGUCGUGGGGGCUCGACCAGACGGUAGCCAGUCCUGAGCAGAAACUAGUUACCGGGCGCGUCACCAAGAACAUGCUUGCCAUCUUUGGUAACGGCGUGAAGGAGACACUGGAGGUCAAGCUGAAGCUGAACUCUGUCCCCAGGAUGCAGCGUCCGCAAACUUCACACAAUGCCGAGGUCCAACGAGGAUACGGAAGCAAUGCUCCAACGCCUACGCCGACCGACACGGCCAGUGAAUGGACAAACUUCAUCCAGUCGAACCCGGGCUUCGGUCGCCCAGUGAGUGGACCUUCGGCACCCAGUCCAAACCUCGCUCCCGCAAGAUUCGGUACACCGGUCCAGAUGGGCAGCCCGGCUCCAGAUGCGCGUCCAGACCAUUUUGCACCAGUGCCUGUAGCACCUACGCCGCCUCCCUCCAGCAUGGCAGGGUCUCAGCCAACAGCACCAAUGUCCACGUUUGGCAUGGCUCCUGAAACCACAUCAACCACGUCAAAAGGCAGUGGGUCUGGGGCACCUGCACCAACGAAGAAGCCUAAGCGCUCUUCGUCCAAAGCGCCCAAUAAGAAGAAAACAGGAAACCCUAGAGGCAGACCUCCCAAGCAUCCACGACAGGACGGAGGCGACACGUCUGCCAUUGAAGACGCGACAGAUGGAGACGAGCCUUCGAAAAAGAAGAGGGCGAAGACUACCAAGGCGGACUGGCCGAAGGGGGCUCCAUUGGACUCCGCUCCUGGAUCUCUGCGGGUCGCCGCCAGUACGUCGGGUUCUCUUCGUACUAUGAGGCCUGCAGCGUCCGGCGGCGGUGGGGUUGGAGGAAGUCACCUCCAGGAAGUCCCUCGUGCACCGACACCUGUACCUGGUCAAGCUCCUCCUCGCCCGCUCUCAAAGUCCAUGUCCCAGGGACCGUCUAGGAGACCGUCCGUUCUGGGGUAUGAUGGAGCUACCAGAUAUCAAGUCUUUGACGGUGGUAUACCCGGACCACCUGGCCAAGACGCCCGGUCACCAUCCGAGUCCGUCGCGCAGUCACCACACCAGGCAUACACGCCAGAGGAGAGCCCCGCGGACAUCGGUUCUAGUCCUCCGGUGCCGAGGUCAGCUCAAUCCAUGCGGUCUAGUCCGCCGCUUUCCAGUCCUGUUCUGCCACCGAUGCCGAUGCCUCAGCCGGAUUCUGGCUUCAUGAGCGGAGGAUUUGACUCCAUUGCCGACUAUGACGAUUUGCCUAUGGCAAAUUCGCUCCCUCCAAGGUCGGAGGAGCCAGGGGUUUUAGAAGCCGCAAGACCCGCGCCAGCAAAGAGAGCGAAGACAGCAGCGAAGCCGGGGACCAUGAUCAUCGAACAGGUGUGCCCCGGGCCUCCAGAGUUGCUCCCCAAGAAGAGCAUCUAUAGGCCAAAAUCCAGCUCCCAAGGACUCAAUAAAAAGUCUCGAGGAACCGGUACGAAGGCAGUAGCGUAUCCGUUGAAGAGAGCAAAUACUGAGCCAAAUCUUCAACGACAGGAAACGCCCGUUGAGCCGACUGGCCCGCCGUCAGUACCACAACUGCCCUCGGAGCUCGAGACCAUCGAAAAAGUUGGAUCACAGAUGGCUGCGGUGGUAGAGCCUGUGCAAGAGCCAGUGCACAAACCAACGGAUGAGGCAGCAAGCAACCCAAAGGGACCUGAACCUGCGGCUCUUCCAUCGAUUGAAGACACUGAGGAUGGUCUAUUGCGCCUGUUGGAUCAGCCUCUCGCUGAUGGCUUAUCCAUGCCAGACGAAGCGGAUGAUGCGCAUGAGCUGCCGGCCCUGCCGGCCCUGCCGGCCCUGUCAGAACCGCCACGAAUACCCUCUCCUCCUCCGCAAUCGACCACAGAAGUCGCUGUCCCAACACCUAAGCCUUCAGUUGAGGCGAGUGAGCCGGGAUUGCCCGAGCCCACCAACCUCCCCUACUUUGCUUAUGAGGAAGAGGAAGAACAAAACCCGCCGAGCAAGAACUUCUCCCGAAAACAGUCGAUCAAAGCAAAGCUGGAGAGAGCAAUUGAGGCGGGUCAAAUGCCUACUUUCUGCUCGAAUUGCGGCGCCAUCAGCACGCCGACCUGGCGCAAAGUGUUUUCGCAACGCUGCGAGGGAAGCCCCGAGUUCCCCGUGUUCUCUGAUAAGCCCGGUUGCAUUACAGCUAUCAUAAUCACAAAACGAGACGAGAAUGAGAAGCCACUGGAGUAUCAGGUCAUCAAAAAAGCCCUUGGACCAACUGAGGACAAAGCCAAAUGGAAUGAAGAUAUGCUCUGUAACUCUUGCGGUAUUUGGCUCAGCAAGUUCAAGUCUCACCGACCUGAGGACAGGUGGGAGAAUGAUCCGGCUCAGAUUUGUAGACCGCGAAAGAAGGGCAAUGGCAAAUCUCGUCCCAGGAAGACCAAGGCGCAAAACAAGGGAUCAGCCAAUCUGACUUCCGAGGCUUAUUUCACCACGGACCCGAUCGGUCCAGGUGAUGACGGUUCAUCGCCGGAAAAUGGUGACGAGGUGAUGCUUUUACCGACGACUGAACCACCCAGCCGUGAGCGUGGCUCCAAGUCACAGUCAACUGGUCCAGGGGAUUCCUUCGGUGAUGCCGACGGUCGGGAUUCGUCCAAGUCACGCGACAACGGCAAGACUCAGGGCCCGGCCGAUCCGGAGGAUGAAGACUUAGGGCGGACUCGUCGACUCCUGUUUCCUUCACCCAAGAAAGAUGGCCAGCCCAAGGUGCUCGGUGAAGUAGCGAUUAAUGUUGUGAAGACAUCGCCGUCCUAUGAGAGAUCCAAAAAGGUGGUGAUGGAGCAGGAGAACAUGCACUUGGAUAUCGAAGGGGACCUGAAGCUCCUUGGUGAACCAAAGUCUGCUCACAGAGGCGCUCUCGUUGACGAUGAUAUGGCGGACUUAUUCGGCACGCCCCCGCGCCCGUCAACGCCACCUCCCAAGGAGAAGAGCAUAGGUCAUUUCAAGACGCCUACGCGACCAACCCCGAGCCAUCGCCCGAUAACUAGAAGUGUCUCGAAGUCGAUACGAUCGGUGCGCUCGGUCGCCAAGUCACCAGGACAUGCUCUACACGCUCUGCAGCAAACGCCAACCAAGACACCACGAGUAUCGAGUGCCAUGAGGCACAAUGCGCAGCGGUACGAUUUUAACUCAACCAAUCAUUUUCACGCGCCCUUCUCCCUCGACAGUGACUUGGCGAUGUUCAGCGAAGCGCAUGAUCUAUCAGCAGCCACCGGCCAUCUCGACUCGCCCUUCUCGUCGACACUGAACCAGCUCCUGUCCGAGGCGCACGACUUCACCACGGGUUCCUCGGCACACGGCCUGGGCGACCUGGACCUCGCGAGCCUGCCGAACCUGGACAGCGACGCCGUCCUGUCGGGGCACCUGGAGGGCCUUGAUUUUGGUCACUUCCUGACGACCGACGCGGUGAUGCCUAGCUCGCCACCGCUGAUCAGCAAGAACGGUGGAGGGGCGCACGUGUCCUUUGGGGCGGCUUCCCAGACGGGCGUCGAGGGCGAGGGCGUCUCGUGGGAGAACUUCGGCGAGGUAAUGAUGGCGGACGGCGGGGACGGCGAAUGAGGGAGGCGCAUGACCAGGUGAGAACCGACGGUGUUCAAUCCUCUCUCUGUGUGUGCUGGGCAACAUUUUUUUUUUUUUACGUACACUGUGUUUGUUUAAGCCCAUCAUUGGCGGGGCGUGUGGUUUUGCAUUUGGCGUUGGCAGUACGGCUUGUUCUUUCUUUGAAAAGGAAGAUCUUCAGCCCAGGGGUGAUUGGGAGCGAAUAGGGUAUUGAUUGUCCAGGCUUUUUAGCACUUGGUUGUUUUAGCACUUUGGCAACGAGGACGGUUGCUUCGUAACGCAGCAGUAACAAACAGCACGUCGACCGACGUAGAUCUUAGUGAAGAGGCAUUAGACCUCACUCAAACUACAUACACAUUGUCAAGA